UAUAUAUAACCACGCCCCUUUAGGAGCUGUUCGCAUCCUGCGCGCUAGCGGGAUGUUUUAGCUGAACGCUAAGCGGUUUGGAUCAGAAAUGAACUCCGAUCGCUUCGCGGCAGGGAGACGGUCGGCGGCUGCCGCGGGGCGGCUGGUGAUGGAUGUGAUGCAGUCGGAGUGGGAGCCUCUGUCUCAAUGUGAGCUGGAGCAGCGUCUGGACCAAGCUGUGGAGGAGAUCCUGGAGGCAGAGCUGAUGUCAAGGCUGCAUGGGCAGAACCAGAGUGUGCUUACACAUCUCCCUCAGCAGGAUGAGAUGAUCACACACACCUCUCUCACACCCACUCCAGCAGCCUCGCUCCUCUGUCACGCAGAAGGAGAAGCUACUUCAGAAAUCCACCAGCACGUCACUGAGAUACAGGAGAACCCCACAGUCCAGUACCUCACGUCUCUUCUCCAGAAGCUGAAGUGGCGUGACAGUCAGAGGUGUCUGAAGGGAAGAUCUCGCUUGUCCUUGUCCCACACGGUGUUCCUGUCUCUCACUCUGCUCUCCACUCGUCUCAGCUACCGCUCCGUGUCUGCCACCCUCCGCCUGGAAAAAGGGAACAUACACCGCAUCUUCUUCUCCUUCUGCCACAGAGUCAACACGUUGCAGAAUCAGAUCGUCCGCUGGCCCAGCGGUCAGGAGGCAUCUGCACUCCUGCUCCCCUUCUCCAGCUGCCUGGGCUGUGAUGAGAAGUUUCAUCAGGAAGGUCUACCUAAAGUGCUGGGAGUGUUGGGCCACACCCGCAUCCCAUUCCGCCUUCCUCCAAGCAAGCAGGACUCUGAGAGCGACGCUUCACAGGCCAAGAGGCUCUGGAAGGGUUUUCACCCGGACUCGUGGUUAAACCUGGAGCUGGUGUGUGACGCCAAGGGUCGUUUUAUCCACUGCAGUGUCAGUCGAGGUUCUCAAAGGAACCGAGGUGAAGCUCUGAGACGGAUAUUAGCACAGAAUCCGGAGCUCCUGCCUCCAGGAACCUGCCUGCUAGCCGGAGCUGGAUAUCCCCUCACGCAGCACAUCCUCACCCCGUAUCGUCCCGCACAGAACCCUCAGGAGAACCUGUACAACGCAGCACUGGAGACGCACCUGCGGAGGCUGCAGCAGGCCGUCGCAGGACUGAAGGAGCGUUUCGUAAGACUGCGCUAUCUGGACAUGGGGAAGUUUGAGAGGGCCGGAGUCACGGUGCUGACCUGCUGCAUACUACACACAGCACUGCUGCACGCCGGCUACACCACCACAGGGCAGGUGGAGCACCACGCUGAGGAGGAGGAGGAGGAGGAAGAGGGCAUAAAGGAGGAAGAUGGAGUCAAGCUAAGAGAAACUGUCACUAAUCUACUGUACAGAGUGAUGGAGUCGGGGACAGAGGAACAGAUCCGUACUCGUGAUGUUUAGGUUUACUAACAAACUGUAAGGCUGCAUUUAGUAAAAACCCUGAGUUUAUGUUACGGUUUUAUUUAAUGACUACAAAACAUCAUAAAAAAAAUCUAAAUUUCAGCUUCAGAUUAUGAUAAAAAACAAAACAAAUCAUAAAAUAUGAAAUCAAAUUGUUUGUGACCGAAAUGUAUUUAUUAUAGACAUUUAUGACUGAAAUUUAAUCGUUUAACUUCAAAACAAACUCAGCAGGAAUUGUGGAAUUUUCUCCAUAACUUUCACUUUUGGUGCAAAUCUGUUAUUGUUAAAACUAGAAGUUUAAAAAUUCAAUGAAAGUAUUAAUGAAUAAUUAAUGAAGUUGUUUAAAUAAAACCUUGUAUGAACAGUUAAAAACACUCUUAUAUAUAACACUGUAUCUGUUGCACCUUAACAUAUUAGAUAUAUAUUAUAUUUUUAUAUAUAUAUUUAUAUAUAAGUGCAUAUUGUAUAUAAUGUGUAGUGCUAUUAUAAAUAUGUCUAAUAGUACACUGUGUACUGACUAUAUUGUAUGAGCAUAUUGCACAUUUGCACAUUUUCAUCUGUAUGUAAAUUGUUUCUGGAGUUCGCUCCUAAGAAUUUCACUCACUAAGGCACGUGCUGUGGUGAUGAGACAAUAAAAGUGACGACUUAUAUAAAAGAUAUAUAAAUAUUUAAGUGAACAUCGUCUGAACAGCAGAAACAUGUCACUGGAUACGACUCCGAACUGGAUACGACUCCUCUGAUUGGACACGGUGACUCUAAUCGGACUCGUGACUGAUUGGACUUGUGACUCCUCUGACUGGACACGACUCCUCUGAUUGGACACGGUGACUCUAAUCGGACUCGUGAUUGACUGGACACUGUGACUCCAAUCGGACUUGUGACAUUGGACACGACUCCUCUGAUUGGACUCGUGACUGAUAGGACACAGUGACUCUGAUUGGACUCGUGACUGAUUGGACUCAUGACUGAUUGGACAUCACUCCUCUGACUGGACACGCGACUUGGACACACCAACUGUCUGACGUCCAACAUAGACUCUGUCUCAUGCUGCUGCAGGAUCACUUUUACACAGCAGAUCAAACACCGUUUUAAGCACUCAAUAAAAGAAACACUGUCAGGUCACGGCGUCGGACAGGGAGCUUUCUAAAAAGUCUGAUUUUCACACUUUAAAAUAACGAGAACGGAGAAGCAGAACAGUUAAGAGAAGACAAGCUCUUAUGCUCUGUCUCUGGAGUCACAAUGCUGGCUUUGCACUUAAAUAAACUUCUUCCUGCGCUCAUCAUCAUCAUCAUCAUCAUCAUCAUCAUGAUGCAGUAUACACAAGACUAGAAUGAUUUAAUCCAGAGUUUUAUAAGUGACUCAUGUUUCGGAGCUAACAGACAGACCUGUGGAUCACUGAGUUUAAUAUGUGAGGAUUAAAUGUCUGUUUUUUACAGCAA